CGUCGAGCUCACGCGCGACAACAGAUGUUCCUCUCGCGCUCUCCUCCCCGAUUCUCAGCUCGCGAGGAGACGAACACGCGCCCGUGCGAUUGUUUCCACCGGAGAGAAGCGGAGAAGAGGAGUUCAUGUGACCGGAGGAGUAGAUGCGAAGGACCGGGGAGGACGAGGCGAGACACCGAGGAGAAGAACCGCAGAGCCCGCGUCCCUGGGUUCAGUGAAGCCCCGAGAGGAGCCCCGAAAGUCGGCAGGAAUCCGAGCGGAGCGUCGAUGCAGCUAACUCCAUCUCUCUGUGACUCAACACAACCCAGUCUUCACUACGCUCCUCAUGCUCACUGAAAAUGAAUGAGACACAGGACGGGGUCCAGAUUGGAGAGAACAAGUUCAUCAGCAAGGCAACCAUCCUCUCCCACCUGAAGACGUACAAUCUCUACUAUGAAGGACAAAAUCUACAGCUCCGACACAGAGAAGAAGAGGAGGAGCUGAUUGUCGAGGGCCUGCUGAACAUCUUUUGGGGCCUGCGUCGACCAAUCAGGCUUCAGAUGCAGGAUGACCACGAGCGAAUCCGACCGCCCCCCUCCUCUACAUCCUGGCAUUCUGGGUGUAAUCUGGACAGUCAAGGUUCCCCCAACAGCACAGACGGUCAACAGUCGACAGAGCAGAACCCGCCCACAGUGGAAGUGACGCCACCCAACAGCCAACCAGAGGACAACGGUGAGAUGGAACAGGAGACAGACGAGGAGAGUGAGAGCUCCGCUCAGCUCCUACGAACAAAGAGUGAUGCCGGAGUCUUGAGACGGGGCCAGCGACGGUCACCGAGCGACCAGAGGAAGAUACGACGCCAUCGCUUCUCCAUCAACGGACACUUCUACAACCAUAAGACGGCAGUGUUUACUCCUGCUUUUGGCUCAGUGACCAACGUUCGCAUCAACAGCUGCAUGAGGACACCUCAGGUGCUGCGAGUCCUCCUCAACAAGUUUAAAAUUGAAAACAGCCCCGAUGAUUUCGCGCUCUACCUUGUCCAUGCAAGCGGAGAGCGAAUGAAACUGAAGCGCAGUGAUUAUCCUCUGGUGCUCAGGGUGAUGCAGGGUCCAUGUGAGCAGGUCUGCAAGGUUUUCCUCAUGGAAGAAGACCUGGUGGAAGAAGUCACAUACGAUGUGGCGCAGUAUAUAAAGUUUGAGAUGCCUGUCCUGCAGAGUUUCAUCAUCAAGCUGAAGGAGGAGGAGGACAGAGAGGUGCAGAAACUCAGGAGAAGAUAUUAUUACUUGCGUUGUAUAAUAGAGAAGCAGCUCCGUUGUCCUCCAGAGGGGGCGACGUGCCUGUGAUCCGCUCAUGGUGAGGACUCCUUCCAGCACAUCCAACUGUCAAAACAUUUCCCAGAGUUCAGUAUCCUCCACUCAGCUGUGACCACAAAUUAAGUGACAAGAAACCAAUGUACGACUCUGCAUGGAGUCAUUCAGCUCACUGACAACACUCCGACAUGCCAUGUUGUGCGCAUGUUAACUGUGACCAUCUCAGCAAUAGUCUUGAGAGUCAUGAGGACUCACGCAGUCUUGUAAAGUCUCUUGAUUCCGAUCCAACAGUUUUAUUUCUCUGCUCUGCUUCCUCUCUGCCGUCACACUCCUCUUCGUCUGAGUAAAGUUAGUGUCUUUGCAGCCAAGUACUUUGCAGGAUGAGCCUAAAAUGUGACCACAGACUGAAAGCCGACCCCCUAAAUCAAUUCAAAGCACAAACUUCCCAUUAUAUGGUCUUAGCAAAGUGCCUGUUUAAAGGUUUCUUCAAGCACAAAGACACAGUUUGAUAAAGAUAUUUUCAAGUUACUGUGGUGUGCAAAAUUGAAGGGAAUCACUGGGGGUUUGAUCAAGGCCAUGGUGGAGCCAGAACAUUCAGUCGUUAGUUUGAUUUGAAACUGAUGCGACCACGAGCAAGAGGUUGUGUCCUCAAAACAUCGUCCAGUCCACCGUCGUACCGUGUGCUCUUAUGUUCCUUGCUGUUUGAGAAUGUUUUAAAUAUUGUAAUUGAAGGAAUUUAAAGACCCAUUCCAUUUUCUUGCAGCUGAUAGUUUCACUGCAGGAACGAUUCAAGACCAUAUGAGCAGAUGUAUGUUGUUAUCAUUAGUCUGAUGGUAACACCAGUACGCUCAUUAUCUGUAGGCAGGAAUGUUUAUGAUUAAUGUUAAGUUCAAUCUUUCGGCUUUCUGGGGAAAAUGGCCAUUUGUUUUCUUGUUUAUACAUAUCUGAGAAUAUUGGUACCUCUCGACGCUGAUUUCAUUUUCACUGAAUAAAAUGAAAACAUUAUGAAGAUGUGAUCUGCACCAAACAAGCAUGUUCCCUUACCUCUGUAGAAGAAGGUUUAUAACCCCAACAUCUUUUCUAAUUAUAAGUUGAAACAUAGAGUAUUUUACUUUCAUCAAAGUACUUUAGAGACUAGAAACAAGGGGAGACAUGUCCAAAGGAAACUGAAGCCACCUGCCAGCACCUCUGGAUCAUGUUCAUCUCAUUUGUUCUGUACAAAAAUCAAAGUGUAUAAAAGAACUAUUUCUUGGUCCUGACAUCGUUUGGCACAGAACCUGCUGUAACAUGGAAAUGUGUCUUUUUAUACACCUUGUUUUAGUGUUGAUUUAACAAACACAAUAUAAUGUCUGGAUUAGUGACCUUUUAAAAGUGCUGGUCGGUGGAUUAGUUAACCUUUUUUUAAACUAAGCUAACUGAGCUAAGCCCUGGCUGUAGCUUCACAUGAAAAACACACAGACACAAGAGUGCUACUGGUCAUUUAAUCAAACUCUCUCCAAGAAAUCCAAUAUGCAUAUUGUCCAAAAAUUCAAACAGUUUCUUUAAAGAAAAAGAAAAUCUUGAAAUAAUUAAACCAUUUUGAGCCUUUUUGUUUUCUGGCUGGUCGGAUUUUCGUCCCCAUACUUUACUGCCUUAAAUAAAUAAAAGAUGAAAUUUCAAGCACAGUAAAAUACAAUUUGAUAAAUUAUACAUUUUAACAUGAUUCUUAACACAAUGAAUCCUCUGAGGUGUUGAAACUU